AUGCUUCUUCAGUUCCAGAUUACAGUAAAGUCCUUUCCUUCUCCUCUCCCAGCCGACAUCUCCAGAAUGUGUGAUGUGGACGUGUCCCCGGAGCCCACCAGUCCCACCCUGUACGGCGAGUCCUCGGACCAGUACUACCAUGUUGACCGCUGGCAGAAGCUCCGCACGGCCGUGCGCAAGCUGGAAUUCUGGGAAAACUUCAGCGCCGAGCUGGUGGGGAGUGGCUUCUUCUCCAAAGUCUAUAAGGUGACGCAGAACACCACUCGGAAGGUGAUGGUGGUGAAGAUCUACAAAAACGACGUGGACCAGGACAGCAUCGUCCGAGAGAUCAGCCUACUGCAGAAGCUCUCCCACCCGAACAUCGUCAGGUAUCUGGGCAUCUGUGUGAAAGAAGAUAAACUCUAUCCAAUUUUAGAGUAUGUAAAUGGAGGUUGCCUGGAGGAGCUUCUGGCCAGGAAAGACGUUCCUCUGGGUUGGAGAGAAAAAGUGGACCUGGCUUGCGACAUAAGCAGAGGAAUGAUCUACCUGCACUACAAGAACAUCUACCACAGAGAUCUCAACUCUAAGAACUGCCUGAUCCGGGUCUCGGCCCGGGGUCGGGAGGCCCUGGUGACGGACUUCGGCCUGGCCCGGGAGGUGGUGGAGCUGCCGGUCAAAGACCCGGGCAGAAAGCUGUCCCUGGUGGGCUCGGCCUUCUGGAUGGCCCCCGAGAUGCUCCGGGGAGAACCCUACGACCGGAAGGUGGAUGUUUUUUCCUUUGGCAUCGUACUCUGUGAAAUCUUGGCCCGGAUCCCAGCCGACCCAGAAAUCCUCCCCAGAACCCAGGACUACGGGUUGGACGUGAAGGCCUUCAGGGAGAUGGUGACCGACUGCCCCCAGCGUCUGCUGGACCUGGCGGCCAGCUGCUGCAUGAUGGAGUCCUUCCGCCGGCCGGCCUUCGCAGAGUUACUGGAUGAGUUGGGGGAAACCGCCGAGAGCCUGGAGCCGCCCCCGAAACCGGACCUGACCACCAGCUGA